CUCAUAUUUCUCUAAAACAUUACAGUUUCCACAUGUUCCCUAAACGCCUCACAACUGGAAAAUGUUACACUUUCCUCUUGUUCCUUAAACACAUCACAUGAUGUGAAUUUUACAUUUCACCUAUGUUCCUUGAACGCCUCACACAGCUCGGUAGAUGCUGCGCUUUACAGGUGUUCCCUAAACAUCUCAAAUGCAUCAGCAGACAUUGGAAUUUACCAAUGUCCCCUAAAUGCCUCAUGUACAGACGCUAAUUUUUACCACUUGUUAAAGAUUCACUGUUCCCUAAACGCCUCAUGUCUAGAAAACGUUACCGUUUCCACAUGUUCCCUGAAGCACAUCAUGGGCAGUAGAUGCUACAGUUUACUGAUGUUUCCUAAACAGCUCAUCCAUCAGCAGGUUCGACAAUUUACUACUGUUCCUUAAAGGCAUCACAUUCAUUGGGAGAUGCUACAAAUUACUAAUGUUCCUAAAACGCCUCACACAGCUUGGUAGAUGCUUCACUUUUACAGAUGUUCCCUAAAUGCCUCACACGCAUGGCAGACGCUACUGUUUACAUGUAGUUCCUAAAUGUCUCACAUUCAUCAACAGACCAUAGUUUUGCUAUGCUCCUUAAAUGCCUCACACGCCUGAAAACAUUACAGUUUCCCCAUGUUCCCUAAAUGUGUCACAUGCAUUUGGCACCACACUUUACCAAUGUUCCUUAAAGGCAUCACAUUCAUCAGGAGAUGCUACAAAUUACUAAUGUUCCCUAAAAGCCUCACAUGCAUCAGUAGAUUAUACUGUUUACAGAUAGUCCUUAAACGUCUCACAUUCAUCAGUAGGCCAUAAAGUUUAGCGAUGUUCCCUGAAUGCCUAACACCUCAUUGGAUGCUAUACUUUACAGAUGUUCCCUAAAUGCGUCACAUGCAUUAGAUGCUACUAUUUCCUAAAAUUCAAAAAUGCCUCACAUCCAUUGGGAGACACUAUAAUUUACUGUUGUUCCCUGAACGCCUCACACGGCUCUCCAGAUGCUGUAAACUCUAAAACUUUCCCGUCUGAAUGUCUGUAACUUCUGUUGUGAAUAAAAAUCUUGGUAAAAAGCAGCUUUGUCUCCUGCAGAAGUUUCCUUCAGUUUUCUGCAUCAGUGAUGGUUCGGUUUGUCAGUGAAGGCAGCAGACGUGUCAGAGUUGUCGGAGCUUUAUCAGAGUUCCUGAACGUCCCCUGAGACCGACGGUUCUUCAGGCUCCAUGGUCACCAUGAAGCUCUUCGUCCUCCUCGUGUCCCACGUUGCCAUGGUUGCAGCGGUGGCUGGUUGCCAUGACGACAGAGACAAGGACCACCGACCAAGGAAGAACUGCACAGCAGCCGGUUUCAGCAACGUUCCAGCGGGACUCGAACCCACGACGCAGGUUCUGCUGUUCCCCAACAACCUGUUCUCCAGCCUGUCCUGGUCCUCCUUCCAGGUCUUCACUGAGAUCCAUGAGAUCGACCUGACGGCCAACAAGGUUCCAGAUGUGACCCCCAGCGUUGCUCCGAUCCUGCCCAGCCUCAGUGUCCUCCGGCUGGGCUCCAACCAGCUGACGUCCCUCCCUGCCGACUCCUUCUCCGCCUGUCCGGCUCUGACUGAACUCUACCUGGAGAACAACGUCAUCAACUCUCUGAGCGACGGCAGCUUCAACGGACUGAGCAGGUUGAAGACCCUGGACCUGACGUCCAAUCACAUCAAGGUGCUUCCUGAUCUCAUGCUCCGCCCCCUUGCAGCCAUAGACAUCAUCUACCUGGAGAGCAACAAGAUCAGCGUGAUGCCAGAUGAUUGGUUCAGCAAGAAGGAGGAGGUGAAUUACCUGUUCCUCUCAGCCAAUCCCUGGGCCUGCUCCUGCCCCCUACGUUACCUGCACGGCUACCUGAAGACAUAUGACUACAACGUCUACGUGAGAGAUGGACCUACAUACAUUCCUGACGAGACCAGUGUGGUGUGCGACUCUCCAAAGCGACUCGAGGGGAAGCCGGUGAUCGAACUGGAAGAAUCGGACUUUUGUUCACCAACAACAGUAUCAGGUUCACGUGGAGAUUUCUACCAGCCGAAAACCACCGACGCUCCCGAUAAGACAACCACUGGUGGUUCUACUGACCCCGUUAUUAUCGUUGUUCCUGAUACUACUACUGAUGGUGCUACUCCUUCUCCUCCUCCUUCCCCUACUACUACUGCUCCUACCACUACUAUUACUACUACUACUACUGCUACUACCACUACUAUUACUAUUACUGCUACUACUACUAUUGCUCCUACCACUACUAUUACUACUCCUGCUCCUCCUACUACUGCUACUCCCACGUUUAGCACUAUACCAUCUUUUGUAGAGUUAUACACGGAGCACCCCAGAAUAGUCACAUGGUACCAAACCUUCACCAGACUCAUUGAGUGGUCUGAUCAUUCAGGCUCAGAGGAAGCAACAGAGGAAUCGUCUGUUGAGCUGCACAACUUUUCUACUCGUUCCACUUUUACCACGUCGACUGAAGGUCCGACCAAACCUGCCCCUGUAGCCACAACAUUGACAGAACUCCCGACAACAGCGACCGUCGAGUCGACCCCGUCGUGGGGUUCCGGCACCUCAUCCGGCAAGCGGCGGCGCAGUAAAGUCGCCGCUGCGGGGGUUUUCUGCAUUUGGCUGUUCGCCGGCUGCUUCCUGCUGAGCGCGGCGGCGGCGGCAUGCACGGUGGCGACUCUAGUGAGGCUUUUGGUCUGGUACAGGAGAGUUUAUCGGCCACUGUUGACGAGGAUCGGAGGCGGAGUGAUGAUGGUGACGUACGGCAGGACGGAGCAGGAGGAGGCGGCAGGAGGAGGCGUGACGGCGCGGUAUCGCUCGGUUCUGUUCGUCCACAGAGAUGGAGGCGACGGCGAGGAGAGAGGAGUGUACCGGAAGACUCUGUACCGCCUGCAGAGCCGAGAGGAGGAGGUGGAGAACUGGAGGGAUGUGAUGGAGGAGUGUCGGGUCUCCAGGGAGGACGGAGGGAGGAGGGGAGGACCGUCCAGGAAGCGCUACAGCAUCAUCCUGAGGGAGGAACGAGGGGAGGCUGGGGGAGGCAGGGAGGAGCUGGACUGGGUGGUGGGAGGCUGGGAGGUGAUGGGAGGAGGGCAGGAGGAGCCGAGGAGCAGCUGGGGGGAGUGGCUAACGCAGUAUUUACCCAGCAUGCCAUGGGGAGUGGCCACACCCCCUGAAGACAAGGCGGCUCAGUGACGUCACGUUGGUCACCGCUCAUUUUUAUAAAGUUGAGAUUGAUGCAUAGGAGACACAAAACAACCACAAAGAGACACAAAACAACUGCAAAGAGACACAAAACGACCACAAAGAGACACAAAACGACCACAAAGAGACACAAAACGACCACAAAGAGACACAAAACGACCACAAAGAGACACAAAACGACAACAAAGAAACACAAAACAACCACAAAAUCGCCACAAAGGGACACAGAAUGAUGACAAAGAAAUGCAAAACAGUGUUGAAAUACACAAAAUCACCCAAAAAAAGACAAAAUGACCACAAAGACGCCCAAAACUAACUUUUCGACCAUCAUUUUGAACAAAAUAUAGAAACUCUGACAACUUCUUUGACGUCGGUUAGUUUGGAGUCGAUGCUUCUGUCUAUUUGUCUUCAGGUUGUGUCUCUUUCUGGCUCUUUGUCUCUGUUUGUCACCAUUUUGUGUCUCAUGGUGUUGUUUAAAAUGCUUCUGUGUCUUUGUUUUCUCCAUUUGUGCUCAUUUUGCUUCUCUUUUUUAAAUUUUUCUUGCAUAUAUUUGUGGUUGUUUAGUAUCUCCUGGUUGCCUCUUUGUGCAUCUCUGUGUUUGGUUCUGAUUUCCAGCAUUCAACUCAAACUUUAAAAUGAGUAGAAUCAGUGCUUUUUUCAUCGUAUUUCUUGGAACCGAUGAAAGCAGAUCUUUUAUUUCUCAGUACUACAGUUUCUACAUGAAGAUAAUUAUGGCUGAUGUGCUACUAACCUGAAUAAUCUGCUAUUAAAUAAUACUGUGACUGUUGUGUUCUUUUGUACGGCUGUGUUAGGCUAGACUUCAUAGACGUUACAUAUUAGUAUCCUUCAGCCACCUCUGAGAUGGGUGGGCCAAAAAAUCUUCACUUAAGUAUUAUCAAAACUGCAAUAUUAAAACAUUUUAGAAUUACAACUCAUUGGCAAAUAGAAUUUUGUGUUGGUGGGAGGAGUCUUCUGCACUGUGAUAAAUAUGUAUGUUAUUUCAAAUGUCCAGGAAUAGUCAGCAUGAUGUUGCAAAUGUUUUCUCAGUGUUAAUAUUUCUAGGGAAUCUCUCCAGUGUGCACUUCUUUGUGAUAUGAGUAUGCAGCAUUGGAAGUGAUGAACCUGUCACAUAUCUCACAGGGAAAGUGGUUUCAUGCUACAUGUGUGGCAGUUUCCGUGAUUCUUUAAAGCGUCUAGUGGAAUGAAACUCUUCCCACACUCCUCACAGUGGUGUGGUUUCAGUCCAGUGUGGUUGAUGAACUCUGUGUUGUGACUGAGUGAAUACUUUCCCACACUAAUCACAGCUGUAUGGUUUCUCUUCAGUGUUGCUAAUGAAUAGUUUGCUCAAUUUUUUUUAACCUUUUCUCACACUGAUGUCGACUGUAUAGUAUCUGUUCACGAUGUCUGACAAUGUGUUGUCAUGUUGGACAGAAGUGAAACUUUCCUUCCCAUGCUGGUCACAACUAUAUGGUUUCACUCCAGAUGAUUUUUUUUGUUGUUGUUGUCUGAAAAGUUUUCUCACAUUGACGACAGAUGUGUGGUCUCUCUUUAUUACAAGUGAUUUUGUGUUAAUUUAGUCUUUGGACAGAAGAGUCAUAGGAGUCUUGGUGGCCUCCCUCUCUAGUCUCUUUCUCCUUCAGAGGAGUCAUAGGAGUCUUGGUGGCCUCCCUCUCUAGUCUCUUUCUCCUUCAGAGGAGUCAUAGGAGUCUUGGUGGCCUUCCUCUCUAGUCUCUUUCUCCUUCAGAGGAGUCAUAGGAGUCUUGGUGGCCUCCCUCUCUAGUCUCUUUCUCCUUCAGAGGAGUCAUAGGAGUCUUGGUGGCCUCCCUCUCUAGUCUCUCAGGUCUUGAGGACGUCCUGCUAUAGUCAGAUUUAUUCAUGUUCCAUCUUCCUUCCAUUUCUUAAUGAUGGAUUUAACUGGACUCCAGGAGAUCUUCAGGAUCUUGGAAAUGUUCUUGUAUCGUCCUGACUGAUGGUUUUCAACAAGCUUUUCUCAGAGUUUCUUGGUUCUUCAGUCUUCAUGAUGUAGUUCUAUCCAGGAGUUCUGAUCCACCAGAGACUGGACCUUCCAGAUCCGGCAUCAAAUAUCAUCUUAAAAUAAAAACAUCUCCAUCCUUCAUUUCUGAUUCUCAGAUUUCUGAUCAUUGUGGCCAAAUAUCUCAGCUGACUUUCCUCCAGAAGACUUUUGCAAGAAAAAUACAGUACAAAUUCUUGAUUGUUGUUUUAUUAUUUUCAAAGAUUUGUGUGUUUUUAACCAUUUCACCAUAGAAAAUCUAGAGUUGUGGAAGUGUGUAAAAACUCAAAGCUGUCAUGAUAAACAUGAUUUUUACAA